CUUCUCCCCUCUUUUAUUCAAGUGUUCGUGGUCCCCACAUUCCCACAGCUACUCAGAGCCGCGGAGCGUCACAUGCCACCAUGAGCAUCCUGCCGUGGAGUUUCCUCUUCCUCCUCCUCCUCUGCCUCCCCACCCUAACUGAAGCCAAGCGGCAGUCUGGUGAGGGGAAACCAGACAAACCCCGCCAGCCACCAACGUCUCCCCCACUGGCCAAGAGAGCUAGAAAUCGCUCAGUGCCCGGCUCUGGAGAACUGACCACCAAGGAGGGCCAUCGCUGCAUUUGGCAGACGUCUGGUGAAGGCAUGGUGAGCCUGAUAGUGAACUGCAGCACUGAAACUCUGGGAGACCAGCAGAGAUAUUGGUGUCGUUACGCUGGUAAACCAGACCUUUGUCAGGCCUACGGGGUGAAGUCCAGCCAGUACUGGAAGCAACUGGUGGGGAAGCUGAAGAAGAGGCAGAACGCCUGCGACGGAGAGAAAGUCCUGAAGGCCAAAACCUGCAAGAAGGCUCCCGCUGAGGCCCACAUGAAGCUCGCCCAGCGCAGUGGAGAGGAGGAGAGGAAGGGAGGGAAGGAAGGAGGAAAGAAGAGAGGACCAGCAACCACUAAGAGCUCGGAUGGAGGGAGGGCAGAGAGGAAAAAGAAGAAGGAGGAGGAGGAAGAGGAGAAGAAGAAGAGGGAGGAGAGGACUGGGUUUGAGGACGAAGGGGUGAUGAAUGACAUGGCACCGGUGCAGAGUUACUGCAGCGAGGGAUGGCACUCUGUCUGCUCGUUCUUUGUCAAGUUUUUUGAGGGCUGAAAAGAAAUAAUGAAGAAAUUGAAAAAGCUCAUUUUUGGUACAUGAUGGGGCGAGUUCAC